CAGGUCACAACCCAUUUCUCUUUUUUGAUUGCCCGAAAAAUUCAGAUCAAAGUUCACUACUCUUUCUUCCCUUUUUUCCCCCCACUUCCUUCUCUGCUCGCCCACCUUUUUCCCCAAGCUAUGAAGAAGAAUUUUGGCAAAUUUAAGCAGUGGACUGGAGAGCGCUUGGGCUCCGCAAAAAUAACAGGACAAACAGACGAUUUUCACCAGUUGGAUCAGGAAACUGAGCAACGAAGAGUAGCAUUUGAUAAGGUGUAUCAGGCAGCAACUCUUGUGCUCAACCAGUUGGAUAAAAAAAAGCCAUCUCCAGAAGACGGGAAAACUAAGGUGUCACCAACUGAAGCCCUGGGCACUUGUUGGGUCAACCAUGGAUCAGUUUUUCCGGAGGAUUCAUUAUUAGGCAUUUCCCUUGUAAGUCUCGGGAAAACAGAAAUUGAAAUCAGCCAACUUCAACAGGACUAUGCUUACCGGGUUAAGGAAAGCUAUAUAUCUACCUUAGAGAAGGUUCAUCAAGAAUAUAAGGAAUACUUGGUCCUUCGUAAAAAACUCGAUUCUCGCCGGCUUGACUAUGAUGCAAAACAAAACAGACUACAAAAAGCGAAGAAGGAAAAACCAGAAUGGGAACAGGAAGCUCAGUCUGCCAAGAUGAAAUAUGAUGAAACGGAGUACGACGUCAUGCAAAGAAUGGUCUAUUUCCAAGAGUGUGAAGAAGACCAUUUCAAUGCCCUUACAGAAAUGCUGGACGCUCAGUUGAACUACCAUAAAUCUUCAAUGCAACUCUUAGAACGGUUGCAGCAAGAUUGGGGUCAAGGCUACGUUCAGCGCACAAACGAACCUGUACGACCACCAUUACGAAACACUAUCUCCCGAUCAUCCACAACAAGUGGUACAGCUCGCCGAAAUACCAAUAUGUCCAGCAACUCUGAAACAGAUGAUAUGUACGGGGCUGACGAGUCUUACCAUCAAGGAUCUCCAUAUGGCUCAAAUGCUCGCAGACCGAGUAUGCGACAAGGAAGCCAAGACAAUCUUCCAUCCACCAUCCGACGUCAGCCUAGUUAUAGUUCGACUGGACGAUCAGAAGACUCCUACGGUUCGCAAUCAAGGCACCCACCUCCGCCUCCCAUGCCUAGAUCAAAGCCUUCACCAGCCAAAAAACAAGUUAAAGCCAUAUAUGAUUUCAGUGGUGAAAACCCAAAUGAACUCAAUUUGUGCGCUGGCGAUGUCAUUACGGUUAUUGAAGAGAUUGAUCAGGGUUGGUGGAAGGGAGAAUUGUAUGAUGCUAAUGGCAAUCGACAACAAGGAUUGUUUCCAAGUAAUUAUGUAGAGGAAAUUGCGGCUCCGCCAAUGCCAAUGCGACCAGCGUCUAGCCGAAGUCAGUCAACAUCAAAUUAUGGUCACUCCUCUGAGAAUCAUGAAAUAUCGGAGGAGCCUGAGGAUUCGCCAUUUGCUGACAGUAGUAAGAUUUCCGCCCCAUUUGGCCACCAAUCACCUCCAAAACCAAUGAUGGCUCGACGCGGAACUGCUGGCAGCCUGCACUCCGUAACCAGUGCAUCUUCUGCACUGCCUAGAAUGCCAUCAGCAUCUCAAAUAACUAUGAGGAACAACAUUGGAUCCUCACGCACCCCUCCUCCACCUCCUACAUCUAGAACUCCUUCAAGGAGCUUCACCACUGGCUCUCAUACUGCCCCAUCCACCCCCUUGGGCCGAAGUACCAACAGUUACUUUGCUGCACCACCGUCUAACGCAAGCCAGAACCACCCAGUAUGUGAAGAAUGUGGAUGUGAUGACUUUAGCCCUGACGUAUUUAAGCCAAGUAGAUGCAAGUCGUGCUUUCACUAUCACGGCUGAUGAUCUUAAGGAUAUUGACAUUUAUAGCUGGUAAUAAGCUACAUGCCAUUAAAGUAUUUAUUCACCAUCAUUAUCAUCUUUGAUAAAAAAAUAUUCACUGAAGGGCUGAUUGCGAGAAGAGUCGGUGAU